UGUCUUUGCGCAUUCGUGUAUGUUUCCUGCGCAAAAAGACAACCUCCCAGAGAUGGUCGAGUAAUGUUGCCGUGCACUGAUGAACUAGAAGAGAUAUGCGGCUCGGAUGGUGUCACUUACAGAAACAAGUGCUACUACCAUAAAGUAGCCAGCACUGGUAGAAUCCACAUAAACCAUUACGGACCUUGUAACAAGAGGCGUGAUUUAAUUUUACCACGUCGUGAUUUGAAGCAUUGCAAAUGCCGCAGGUCGCGUCGACCAGUGUGUGGUACAGACGGGCGCACGUACAACAAUCGUUGUUUAUUGAAAUGUGCGUUCAAAACUUAUGGUGACGUGCGGUUACGUCACAAAGGACGAUGCAAACACUCCACAUUCGCGAGUGCUCCACCCAAAAAUGUAGAAUGUCCGUGCAAAACAGAAUUCUCGUACUAUCGACCAAUUUGUGGCUCCGACGGAUAUACCUACGGCAAUUUAUGCGAAUUGAAAUGUACGAAUAACUUUUAUAAUAAAGUGCGAUUACGUCACAAAGGACCAUGUAGAGUCCAAAAAGUAGAUAGUUGUCCUUGUAACAAAGGAGUUGCACUACUGUGUGGCACCAACGGAUUUACCUACUUCAAUACUUGCGAAUUUGAAUGUGCGCUGAAACAUAGAUUUGUACAAAUACGUCAUAAAGGGAAAUGUGUAACUAUAGAUCCAAGACAGCGUUCGAUAGCAUACAAAGGGUGCUGCAUCUGCAAUAGGGCUGUUAUAAUGGUUCUUUACGGUACAUUGCUGUUAAUGAGUGUAAGCGUGUGCGUUUCUUCAGCUUGCAUAUUGGUGUACGAUCCAUUAUGUGGCACAGAUGGUAAAACAUACACUAACAUAUGCCAAUUUAACCGCGCAAAGUUAUCGCAGCCUAAUUUACAAGUAAAACACAAGGGGAAAUGUCAGAGUGCUGCUGUUCGUCGCGGUCGAUCAACCCUGGCAUGUAGUGACUACAAUGAAGCAGCCAAAACUGGUGAUAUCGGAAUGAAGCAUCGCGGACCUGGCUUCGUGAAGUGCGAUGCGCUACGAAGUAUAGUGGCGUCCGACUACGUCAUCAAGGACCGUAGGUGUGUGCAAUCCAGUUACUCCCCUGAAGGUCCGGGGCUGCCAGCCAGGGUGGUCCCUUCGUGA